UUCUUCUUUAAGUAAUACUUACCAAAGGGCUAGGAAUUAAUUGGGAAGGUCUCUACAUUUUAGCUUACAUUGAAAGUUUGUCUUAAAUCAAGAAAAACAGAAAUUGAAGCAAACUCACGAUUUGUUUGUAUCUCUGGCUAACCUGCUAUUUGUUCUUUAGGCCAGGCUGGCCUUGAGUUCACAGGAAUGCCCCUGCCUCAUCCUCCUGAGAGCUGAGAUUAUUGGAAUGUACCUCUAUGCUCAGAGAUGUUUGUUACAUGUUUGAGACCUUACCAUGCACCUUUCGCGUAUACCCUUCUGCAAACGUGUGUUUCCCACCACUGAGACCUAGAUCUGGGAGCUGGUUCUCUCUUCUCAGCAUAAGAUGCUGUAAUGAGCGGUUUGUGUAAACUUUAUACUUCCUUCUACUUGCCUCCUUACCCAGUGCUGCUUGCUCAGGCAUUGCUGCCUUUCUCCUGCCCUUGGUUCUGGGACUUAACUCACCCUUGCAAGCUACAUUUUAAGUUUCAAAAGCAGAAGUGCUUUGCUCUGUUUCUAACCCUCUUGUGGUCGCUAUUCUUGGUUGUCAACUUGAUUACAUCUGGACUCUAAUUAAAAAAUGGAGGGCACACCACUGAGGGACUUUUGCUUAGUUUGAAGUAGGAAGGUCCACCUCUAACCCAAACCUUGAGGUGGGACUACACAUGCCUUUAAACUGGGCCAGACCUUCUGUAGGAAGCCUUGAUAAGGACUUGAAGAGGGAAGCUUUUGCUCUGUGCCUGCUUUCUUUUGCCUUGCUGGCAAGCCCACUCCUUUCCUGACAUUAGAGCCUACUUCUUCUGGAUUCUAGCAUCUGCCAAAGACCAGCUGGGACAUCAAGCCUCGUGGACUGGAUUCUGGAUUUUGGGACUUUCUGUUCAUAGCCAGCCAUUGCUGAACUAGGUAGACCACAGCCUGUAAGCCAUUCUAAUAAAUCCCCUUAAUAUAUAAUUUAUAUAUUAAUAAAGUAAUAUAUAAGUAGUUACUCUAGAGAACCCUAAUACACUUCUAACACCCAGAUUACAGGUUUCAGUAAAUCACUGGUUCUUAUUUAUGCUAACCCCUACAGAUUUUGUCUCUAAGUGUGUAGAGACUGACACAUGUCCAUCUCUGUGCUGGAGAAUGAAUCAAGGGCCUUGAACAUGUUAGGCAUGUGCUCUACCACUGAGUCCUAUUCAUAACCUGGUGACCUUCUAAAAUAAUAGGGUUAUUCUUAUAAGGUCAAUCUUGAGGUGUAUCAUAUUCUAAGAAAAAUCAUUAGGGCUUGUUAACAUCCAUGGUCUCUUCGUGGACUAGGUUGAAAUUUUUUUCUGAGACAGGGUCUCAUGAACUCUGGUUAUUUACAAACUUGUGUAGCUGAUGAGCAGACACUAUAAACAGUAAUUCACUAACUUAUUAGUCAUAAAACAUUACUGCAGCAUUCUUUUGUAAUUAGUAAGGUUGGCAACUUUAUAAUCAAUAUAUUUUUCAAGAAAUCUAGUUCUUCUUGAAAAAUUUUCUAUUUUUAGGAAAUGCCCAAAUUUCUAUUUGGACCUUUCUACCUAUGAUGGCUUUUCAAGUUUUGAAAAAUCAACCAACAAAAUGAAUGUCUGUUAAACAAGAACCUUAAAGCUUGGUUUAAAAAAAUGUUUAUCAAACAAAUCUAGUUCGAUUUUUAUUUCUUUAAGAAGUUAUUCACUUAUUGUUUACAUAAGUGUUAUGAAGUGGUUCAAUGCUCCAACUCCCUGUUGAGUUCAGAGGACAUCCUUUCAGAAUCUGUUCUUUCUGCUGUGGAGUUUUUGCCAGAGAAGACUGCUUGGACCCCAGUUCAGGAUAAUGGAAAUCUUUACAAGCUGGUUGGGAGUUUCAGAUCCCAGUAUGUAGUCCUCGGCCUUUCCCAGCUUAGCUAGCACACAUACACUUUCCCAGAGCUGUAGGGCUUGAUGAAUUAGUUCUUGGUCUCAUUUGGCAGACAGUACUGCCUAUGUGCUGAGUUCCACAUCCUGAAUGGUACUUCUAUCAUGACGUCAGCAGUCUUGGGCCCUGUUACACUUCCGUAACAUAAUGAACUUCUCUUCAUAUAGGGACUGAACUCAGGUCGCAUCAGGCUUAGCACCAAGUUCCUUUACCGAAUGAGUUCCUUCGGAGCCCCAACUUGUCUGUUAGACAUCCAUUUACUUAGUUGCUUGUUCCAAUGUCUUCCUUCUUUGGUAGCCCAUUGAUUUAUUUGAGGUCAUAGUUGGGAUUGGAAGGCGUACUUCUGUGGUUGAGCAAUUAUGUAGCAUAUACCAGGCAGGUCUGGGGUUCAAUCCCCAGCCCAGGGGAUUCAUGCCUUAGGUGAAAAGGUCACUUUUCAACACUUACUAAAAUUGCACAUGACUUAGUAGCUGCAAAAUGAUUAAUUUUGGUGUCUUGAAUAGAUUAAGAGGUAUUGGCACCUGCUGUCUCAUUAAUGUAGAGUUGCGAUGCCUUUUUGUUUCAUUUAAAUACAGUUCACCUACUUGACAAAUAUUUUCUGAGCUCCCACCUAAUGCUUUGGACCUACCAGGGUCCAGUGUACUCCACAGAUCGUAGCUUUUACCUUUAGAGUGGGGCUGGGUGCAGAGCAGAUAGCCCAAUUAAAAUACAAUAAAAAACUACAAUUCAUUGGAAAGUCAGAUACUUCCGCUGUGUGCUGAUCUGGAUUGUGAGGGCAGACCGCCCUGAACAGGGUUAAAGAUCAGAAUCAAACUCUAAUGCUGAACUUAACUGACAGGCUGCAAAUGGCAACUCUGAAGCCCCUCAAGGAAUUUAACGUUGUCCCAUAACAUCAAACCGUAAUAACGGUUUUACUAAGUAGUCCCGCUUUGAUAAAAACAGCUUGAAGGUCUGCAAUUUGCUUCAAAUCAAUCCUGGCUUGCUUAUUUAUGAUUCUGGUAGGUCCAGUUAGGGUGUGAGGUUUCCGGAUAGGUGCCAACCUUGAGAAAGCCUCAGGGGCCAGGCUUCAGCGUCCGGGAAGCUAGGAGCUACCCCAUGACGCAAUCGCCCAGACGACAAGUCUCAGGACCGGCCAGGAGGCCGAGUUAACAGGAAGCGACUCGGGACUCGGCCGAAUCGGUACAGGGCGUUUAGCCCUUUAACAGUCGGGCAAGGCGUCGGAGGAACGCGGCGCUUCCGGGCGGACGCAGUUGCGUCGUUGGUUUUCCGGCCGGUUUCCUCAGUGAGUGCUCCUGACGUGCUCUGGGCCGCCGUCUCUGAAUGACCCCGGCUCGUUAAGUGCAGUUCACAAGAAGGGCGACACUUUAAAUUCCUUGGGACAAGAAGUCUCUUUAGGACAAGGCCGAGAAGUCAGCACCUAAGAGCGGCCCUUCGAGGCCCUUCGGCUCCCGGCCGGGCCCUGGCCCCUACCCCUGCCGGCUACAUCUUCUCGCGAGACCAGCCACGCGACUUCCCAGAAAGCCUUGGGCUACAGCUCAACAGCGGUUCUAGAGCCGCGCCUGGGCGGGAGGGUGGGAGGGGCCUGCCUAGAUAUUUAGCGGCACUGAAGGCCACGCCCCAAGUCGGAAGUGACGGAGCCGAGCUAGCGCGACGAGGCCACCUCUAUGGUCUUCCUCUCCUUCUGGAGUCGGGAAAUGGCCGCUGUGUAGUUACAGCGGAGGUAAAUCCUGAGAAUCGUGCUUCGGCGUGUCAGGUAGGCCUUGCGCUGCAUUCCAGUCACUCAAAAGAAAAAAGUCGAGGAGACAGGACCGUUGGGUGUUGAGAACUCUCGUGCGUGGUGACGGGUCGGCGGCGAGAAAGGAGACUCCCCCCCCACCCCCCCACCUCGGAGCCGUUACUUGUGCGUUUUCAUCGUCACCUCCUCGGGUUUGGAAGGCGCCGCGGGCCGCAGGGGUGGGGGAUGGGGAGCUGGCGCGAAGAGCGGGCCUGGCUGCGAAUCUGGCUCGGGUUCCGGAGACCGUGAGGCCUUCGCGUGCGCUUGUGCAUGCGCGAACCUCUCUCCAACCCUUCCCCCCACCGCUUCAGACGGGACUCCGGCGCGCGCCCGCUGUUGGGCUCUGCGCACGCGUGCUUUUUUCCUUUCUUUCCCUGCCCAUGGCAACGCCGCCGCGUGUGUUGGCUUCGGAGCCGGCUUGUCGUUGGCCUUGGGGGAGGUGUCUUCCUUCCUGGCCUAACCUUUGGGGCUUGGACCUGCGGCAGUGUUAGGCGAGAGGAUCAACCACGUAGUGCGUGGGAGUUAUGCUGCCUUCCUCGCCUCUGUCGGUUUAGGCCCGGUUUAAUCAGAUGGAGGCUUUUGAUCUGUUGCUUAUAGCCGACCUGCCAGCACCUGGGUGUUGGCGCCAAAGUUUUUCGUUUUGCCUCCCUAUCAGCUCACUCUGUCCUAGACGAUCAGUCGGAAUUUGAAUUUAGAGUUUAAUUUCCUAUAACAUUCUCUACAAGAAGAAUCUUGGCAGUAUCUUAAAGACAUCACUGACUUCUGGAUCCUGUAUAAAGCCCAAGGAGAAAAGAAAUGGGCCGCUCCAAUUCUAGAUCACAUUCUUCAAGAUCCAAGUCUAGAUCACAGUCUAGUUCUAGAUCAAGAUCAAGAUCACAUUCUAGAAAGAAGAGAUACAGUUCUAGGUCUCGUUCCAGAACAUAUUCAAGGUCUCGUAGUAGAGAUCGUAUUUAUUCUAGAGAUUAUCGUCGGGAUUACAGGAAUAAUAGAGGAAUGAGACGACCUUAUGGGUACAGAGGAAGGGGUAGAGGGUAUUAUCAAGGAGGAGGAGGUAGAUAUCACCGAGGUGGCUAUAGACCUGUUUGGAAUAGAAGGCACUCUAGGAGUCCUAGGCGAGGUCGGUCACGGUCCAGGAGCCCGAAAAGAAGAUCUGUGUCUUCUCAAAGAUCCCGAAGCAGAUCUCGCCGGUCAUACAGAUCCUCUAGGUCUCCAAGAUCAUCAUCAUCUCGUUCUUCAUCCCCUUAUAGCAAAUCUCCUGUCUCUAAAAGACGAGGGUCUCAGGAAAAACAGACCAAAAAAGCUGAAGGGGAACCCCAAGAAGAGAGUCCUUUGAAAAGCAAAUCACAGGAGGAACCAAAGGAUACUUUUGAACAUGAUCCAUCUGAAUCUAUUGAUGAGUUUAAUAAAUCUGCUACAUCUGGUGAUAUUUGGCCUGGCCUUUCAGCUUAUGAUAAUAGUCCAAGGUCACCUCAUAGUCCUUCACCUAUUGCUACCCCACCCAGUCAGAGUUCAUCAUGCUCAGAUGCCCCCAUGCUUAGUACAGUCCACUCUGCCAAAAAUACCCCCUCUCAGCACUCACAUUCCAUUCAGCACAGUCCUGAGAGGUCUGGAUCCGGUUCUGUUGGGAAUGGGUCUAGUCGAUAUAGUCCUUCUCAGAAUAGUCCGAUUCAUCACAUCCCAUCACGAAGAAGCCCUGCAAAGACAAUCACACCACAGAAUGCUCCAAGAGAGGACUCUAGGGGGCGGUCCUCUUUUUAUCCUGACGGAGGAGGAGAUCAGGAAACAGCAAAGACAGGAAAGUUUUUGAAAAGGUUUACAGAUGAAGAGUCUAGAGUAUUCCUGCUUGAUAGGGGUAAUACCAGGGAUAAAGAGGCCCCAAAGGAGAAAGGGUCCGAGAAAGGCAGGACAGACGGAGAUUGGGACGAUCAGGAGGUUCUAGAUUACUUUAGUGAUAAAGAGUCUGCAAAACAAAAGUUCCAUGAUUCUGAAGGGGAUGACACAGAGGAGACAGAGGAUUAUAGACAGUUUAGGAAGUCAGUCCUGGCAGAUCAGGGGAAGAGCUUUGCUACUUCAUCUCACCGGAAUACUGAGGAGGAAGGACCCAAGUACAAGUCCAAAGUUUCACUAAAAGGCAGUAGAGAAAGUGAUGGAUUUAGAGAAGAAAAAAAUUAUAAACUGAAAGAGACUGCAUACAUAGUGGAAAGGCCUAGCACUACAAAGGACAAGCACAAGGACGAAGACAAAGGCUCUGACAGAAUAACAGUGAAGAAAGAAGUGCAGUCACCGGAGCAGGUAAAGUCUGAAAAGCUCAAAGAGCUCUUUGAUUACAGUCCCCCUCUACACAAGAGUCUGGACGCACGAGAAAAGUCCAUCUUCAGAGAGGAGAGCCCGCUGAGGAUCAAAAUGAUAGCCAGUGAUUCUCACCGUCCUGAAGUCAAACUCAAAAUGGCCCCUGUUCCUCUGGAUGACUCCAACAGACCUGCCUCCUUGACUAAAGACAGGCUACUUGCUAGCACGCUUGUCCAUUCUGUCAAGAAAGAACAAGAAUUCCGAUCCAUCUUUGACCACAUUAAGUUGCCUCAGGCCAGCAAAAGCACUUCAGAGUCAUUUAUACAACACAUUGUAUCCUUGGUUCAUCACGUGAAAGAGCAAUACUUCAAAUCACCUGCAGUGACCCUAAACGAGCGGUUCACUUCAUACCAGAAAGCUACUGAAGAGCAUAGUACCCGGCAAAAGAGCCCUGAGAUACACAGGAGGAUUGACAUCUCUCCAAGCGCUCUGAGGAAGCAUACCCGUUUAGCAGGAGACGAGAGAGUUUUUAAAGAAGAAAUUCAAAAGGGAGAUAAAAAAUUAAGGUGUGAUUCGGCUGAUCUUCGGCAUGACAUUGACCGUCGCCGCAAAGAAAGAAGUAAAGAGCGGGGAGAUUCCAAGGGUUCGAGGGAAUCUAGUGGAUCAAGAAAGCAAGAGAAAACACCAAAGGAUUACAAGGAGUACAAACCUUACAGAGAUGACAGCAAACAUAAAGGGAGAGAGCAAGAUCAUUCUCGGUCAUCGUCCUCUUCAGCAUCGCCUUCGUCACCCAGCUCCCGAGAAGAGAAAGAGAGUAAGAAAGAAAGAGAAGACGAGUUUAAAUCUCACCAUGAGAUGAAAGACUACUCAGGAUUUGCAGGAGUUAGCAGGCCACGAGGAACCUUUUUUCGGAUCAGAGGCAGAGGAAGAGCCCGAGGCGUUUUUGCUGGGACAAACCCUGGUCCAAACAACUCAAACUCCACUUUCCAAAAGAGACCGAAGGAAGAGGAGUGGGAUCCAGAGUAUACCCCAAAGAGCAAGAAGUACUUCUUGCACGAUGACAGAGAUGAUGGUGUGGAUUAUUGGGCCAAAAGAGGAAGAGGUCGUGGUACUUUUCAACGCGGCAGAGGGCGCUUUAAUUUCAAAAAAUCAGGUAGCAGUCCAAAAUGGACUCAUGACAAAUACCAAGGAGAUGGGAUUGUUGAGGAUGAAGAGGAGACCAUGGAAAAUAAUGAAGAGAAGAAGGAUAGGCGCAAAGAAGAAAAGGAAUAGUCUCAAGAUUGCAUCAGGGAGCAGAACUUGACACUUAAUUUUUUUAAACCUGAUUUUUGUUUUCAAAUAAGAAUGUAAGCAUUUUACUUAAAAUGUACUGUUUGCAAGUAGUCUAUAGAAAUUUUGUUUUAAGUCUUCAAAUAUCUUGAAAAUAGUAGACUGUAUGUUGAAAAUUGUACUGAAAUAAAGUAGAAGACGUUCAAUAUCAUAUUUGUAACGAUCAACUUUUAAGCCCUUUGACUGUUUUUGUUACAUGCCUUGUAUUUCUGCUUUGUCUAUAAGAAGUGGUCAAGUACAGUUCUGUGACAGCUCUUAGGAGCCUCCCUGUUAAUGUUUGACCCUGAAGUGAACGUUAGCUCUACACAGAUCCACACAGAUCCUCAGACAGGAGUUGUUCAUAGUGACCACACUAAUCGUUUUAACUGUACACAUCAGUUAACAUCUUUGAAAAUUUGAACACUACAUAGUAGGGUGACUAAUUUUUGAAGAAUGUCACAAAGUUACUAUUAUGGUAAACUCGUUUCACACUUCAACAAAUAUAUAAGGAGGACAGUAGCUUUGUUAAUAGCCAAAAAGUACAAAUUUAAAGUUAGAUUUGAGAAAGUGGUAUUUUUACUGAAAGCAAACAAAGGCCUGUAAAAUAAUUUGAAGAGACUUUCCAGUAUGAGUUCAAAAUUGAAUAUUCUCUUCCAUUCUCAUUUGAUAGUUUGAGUCAUGGUCUUAGAUACCAGCUACCUACGAGAGAGAGAAAUUGGUUUGUAAUAUCAGAUGUAAGUAAAUUCCUAAUUCCAUAGACCUGAUUGUAUUAAAAACAAAACACAGCCAAAACCCCACAAGACCACGACAGAGUUUGGGAGUCCUUCUCCCGUGGAGGAAGGUUAGCCUGCAGCGUAACGUGAUGCACGUGGUCAUCCAGUCCCUGACUGGAGAGCUCACUGUUAGUGGAUGCUUGAACAGCUGUAGACCAGUCCGUAAUUUACAAAAGACUCGAGAAAUGCAACGGGUUGUUUAGUCGUGUUUAAGUAAUUUGUUUUCUCUCUGUGUUGCUAAUAGAAGAUUUUAGCAGGAAGCUUGUAUUAUUGAUCUAAUUUCAAUUUAAGUUUAUAAAAUGGCCUUUUUUGGGGGAGUCUAUUCUUGAGGUAAAUAAUCUCUCCGCUAUUUAACAGCUCUUGAAGGAAUAAAGUAACCUUCAGGGCUAAAAACUAAUUUUUAAGCAAAGGUAAGAUUAGCUACAUUGCAGCGAUUAGUCAUGUAUUUUGCAUUUAAAGAAGACAGUGCUUAUUCUGUUACUGUAAACUUUUCAUGUUUUGAUGAUUAUACAGUGUCUUUGAACUGCUAAAACCUUUUGGCAGCAAAGUUAAACUAAAGCCAAAGUCACCUGUGAAGUGUUUACCCUGCUACGGUCCUCAGGAGUAGUCAGUUUAUGGGAUGCUCCCACUCGUCCUCACCAUGGAAUCAUUCAGUAAAUCAGAAAAUACCUGCAAAGCAACUUUAUUGCUUCAACCUGGACAUAAAUAGUUAUUUAUAAUAACUAUUAUAAUAGUUCAGAUUAACUUAAAUGCAAAAACAAUGUGUUUAAUCCCCUAAUAGUUUUCCUACCAUUUCUAUUUUCCAUGAAUAUACAACUUUUAUUUUAGCAGUUACUUGGUUAUACACUGAAUUUUCACGUUGGUACCUGUUCAGGUUUACUCUUUCCACAACAGAGAAAAGUAGAUUGCUGGAACUUACUUAAUAGGGAGUACCAGGCUGUAUUUAAGUGUACCUGAGGUUUCUUCCAUUUUGUUAGUCCCACUGCAUCCUAGUAAAGGGGUUGUUAGAAGAACUGCAGUAGAACACCACUGUGAAUAUUCUCCUUCUCACAGCCAGACACAAAGUAGCCUGUAUGUAUUCUUUGAGAUCACCAUUUAGUUACAUGCUUCAUGACAUGUUACAAAAGCUGCACAGAGCCUCUUGGUAAAGCUGUUUGCAUACAAGUGCCAGGAAAAAAACUGUUAGACAAUUAAUACCAUAUGUUACACGCUGCAUACGAUGUGAUAUACGCUGCAUACAUAUACUUCCUUUACCCAGAGAAAAGAAAUAAAAAGGAACCAAAGGAUUUUUCCAGAAAAAAAAAAUAAGAAAACAGUUUUAGAAGGCCAUGACUCAAUUCUUAGGUUUGUAUGCUUCAACAUCUUAGGAAUUUUAAUAUAAAAAGCAAAGUCUUUCCCAGUUGCACUCUAUUUCAAAGAAUUGUUAUUGUUCCCUUUCGUCACAGUUAAAAUCAGUGUUGGGAAUUAAAUUAUAAUUUGAGGGGAAAAUAUCCAAUGAGAAUGAAUGUAGAUGGCUAAACGAUUCUUCCUCAGUGUGGUGUAUAUUUCAACAGGGACCCUUGUAAAUUGUCAUAUGCCAAUAAAAUGUCCUAAGUGGUAA